CUCUCUCCUCCUAACCUGCACACUCUCUCUCCUGUCAGAGCAUUUAUUGCGGUUUAAGCUUUUGUCUUUCUUUCUCAAACGUAAGAAAGAGAAGCCUCGUUCGUUCCUCAGUCCCUCUCCAUUUUUUUUCCUUUCGAAAAUUUGAAUCUGAAAAUUUCUCUCUCUCCGUGCUCGUUUCUGCUCCGCCGUGCAUCAAGCGGCUGUUCCCCUGCCGUCGCCGACGAACCACAUUACGGCCGCGGUGCUCGCUCGCUUCUCUCUUUGGGCUCGUUGCUGCUCCGUCGUCUUCGUUCCGGCGUUCCCGGGAUCGCAGAUGCAACACGCGGAGGAGAAGCAGGCCUCUUCGAGCUCCCCUCAACGUCAGCGAGCGUCACCCGCCGAGCGAGACCCUCACACACCGGAAGGCUUGGAGGCGAGUUUGUUGGAGAAGAAAGGUUGAGCCCUCCGCCUCCGCUGGUUGCUUCCAUCGCCCCCCACCCUGACGCCGACGCCACCGACGCCGCCGACGCUCCUCCGCCUCCCUCUCGCAACCUCGUGAAAAGCAGCGAUGGAACCCCACAACCGUUUCAUCUCGUUACUGGUGGUGGUGGCGGCGGCGGCGCUCGCCUGUGAGACCGUACGGGCUUCAGGAUCCACGUCGGAUACGGGUUCGGAUUUGGAGCUGAGUUCUCUGGGGCGGCAGCUGUUGGCGGCGGCGAGGGAGCCGGAGUUCUUCGGCUGGUUGAGGAGCGUCAGAAGGAGGAUCCACGAGCGACCGGAACUGGCUUUCCAAGAGCACGAGACGAGUCGGCUCGUCCGGUCGGAACUAGACGCGCUCGGGAUCAAGUACAAGUGGCCAGUGGCCGAGACUGGGGUCGUGGCGUCGAUCGGGUCGGGCGACCAACCCUGGUUCGCUCUCCGGGCCGACAUGGACGCCCUCCCUGUUCAGGAAUUGGUAGAGUGGGAACAUAAGAGCAAGAACGAUGGCAAAAUGCAUGCUUGUGGUCAUGAUGCUCAUACAACCAUGCUUCUAGGAGCAGCCAGAUUGCUCAGCAGCAAGAAGGAUUCUUUGAAGGGCACGAUCAAACUCAUCUUCCAACCCGGAGAAGAAGGUCGUGCCGGUGCAUACCAUAUGCUACGAGAAGGGGCACUCGAUCAGUUCCAAGCCAUCUUUGGCUCACAUGUUUUGCCGCUUUUGGAAACUGGCAGCGUCGGUUCGAGACCUGGUCCAAUGCUAGCAGGGGCUGGUAGAUUCUCAGCCACAAUACAAGGAAAGGGAGGGCAUGCGGCGAACCCACACGUGACUGUCGAUCCCAUUCUCACCGCUGCAUCUGCAAUUACCGCACUCCAGCAUAUCAUAUCCCGAGAAACAGAUCCUCUUGCGGCUCGGGUGAUCACGGUGGGCUUCAUCGAGGGUGGCCAAGCUUUGAACGUAAUACCGGAGAUCGUCCGGUUUGGAGGAACUUUUAGGAGCAUGACUUCAGAUGGCUUGUAUAGUCUAAAACAGAGGAUCAAAGAGGUAAUAGAGUUGCAGGCAGCCGUGCAUCGGUGCAACGCGACGGUCAACUUCAUGGAAGAAAAAAUGAGGCCUUACCCUGCUACUUUGAAUGAUGAGACAAUGUACGGGCAUGCAAAAGGCGUCAGCGAAGCCCUGCUUGGCGAAUCCCGAGUGCACCUUCUGCUGAUGACCAUGGCAGCAGAGGAUUUCGGCUUCUACUCGGAGAAGAUGAGGACCGCAUUUUUCAUGAUCGGCAUGAAAAACGCAACACUGGGAUCGGAUAAGGCGUUGCACUCCCCAUACUUUUUCCUUGAUGAGGAAGUUCUGCCCAUCGGAGCCGCUCUCCACGCAGCAGUCGCUAUAUCGUACUUGGACGGACACACGGGUGGGAUAUGAGCAGAUACUGUUCGGUAGCUUUGUACAGCUAGUUUUUCAUAAAAGACAGGACCCUUUUCUGUUUCAUUGGAAGCUUGGGGCCAUGUAGAUCUUGCGGACUUGUAGAUUUUGCAUGGAUGAAUCUUGAUGCAAUGUAAUUUUAGGAACAAGAUGUUCUGAUUCGGCAUAGGCUAAACCUUCUGGAUCGUACAGUGCUCUCUGGAGAUGCAUCAGACUCUUGGCAGGAGAAUUCUGAUGAAAUUAGGCCUUCUCUGCUCCGUAGAAUCUCAGCUUGAUCAACGUUUGAUGCAGAACUUUCUCUGCAUUUCAAAACUAUUGAAAAUUGGUUUAUGUUAUUUCUC